AGGCGACAUAAUUUUACAAUUAAAUUGUAAUUAUCGUUUUAUCAUACAAUGUAAAAAUAAACGAUCGCUUCUUCGAUAUUCAAAGACAGACUGACACCCCAUAGCGGAAAACAGAUAAUUAUAUCAAUGAUAAAGCCUUAGGCGGACGCGAUUUAGUACGAGGAAUUCCCUCAUGGUGUGUAAAAGUCGUAUUAGUUUGCACACGUUCGUAAUGUUGAGUAAUAAUUCAUUAUGAAGCCUUGAUCUGGCAAUGGUGAUACGUAAUUACAAUCAAUUUUCAAUCUUGUAUGGCGAAUAAUAUCGUUUAAAGAUAUGUUGAUUAAUUUCUGUAAAAUUUACGGGUACCAGAACUUGAUGAAAGCAAUUUCGGCGAAAUGUUUUUGGCCUAACGAACCGGUUAACAAAAAACGCGGUUACCUACAAACAGAGUAAUUAUUUUUAAAAAGAUGGAGUCAGAUAAUAUCUCUCACUUCAUAUUAAAACGAAUUAAUGUUCCGGGUAUAAUUGUUCUUGAUAAACCAGAACAUUCAUAUACUUGUGGCAGAGCCAAAGAUAAUCAAAUAGUAUGUCUUGGUUUAACAGUAUCUCGUCGUCAUUGCAUAUUUUUUCGUAAAAAAGAUGAAUUAUACGUUACAGAUUUAAAGAGUGUUAACGGUUUAUUCCUAAAUGGAGUCGCUCAACCACCAUAUCAGAUGACUAAAUUACAACCAAAUGACAUUAUUGGCAUAGGUUGUCCUGAUCAUGAUGUUACAGAUAACACUAUGUUUGCAUAUAGAUUACAUAUAGUUACGACGUCAGAUAUCUUGGAAAACAAUCACAAUCCUACCGUUGUUUUAGAAACUAUAUCAAAUUUUAAAAAUACGGCUACCAGUAAGCCUGACACUUUAAUUAAGCGUAAAAGAGAGGAACAAAAACAUGAUAUAAAAAUUUUGCCAAAUAAAAUUCCGAAACUGGAGAUUAAAAAUUGUCUUGUAGAUAAAAAUUCUUUCGAAGACAAAUGUAAAAGAAACGAUGAAAAUGAUAUUGAAGUAAUUCAUAUUUCAUUGAAUAACAGUACACUUAACGAAAGUAAAAAUGAUCAUAGUUUAAUAAAUGACAUUCAAUCAAAUGUAAAUAAACAGAAUACAAAACAGUCUGAGUCAUCGUUACGCUCUACGAUGGAGAAUAGAAUUCAGGAAAAAGAAAAUUCUGUCACUAUGUCUAAAGAUCAGCAACAAUCAAGUAAAAGUGUACAGAAUGCUAAAAAUAAUCAUGUUAUUCCUAAUACAGAGUCUAAAAGUAUCGAGGAAAAAUAUAAUAAUAUAGAUUCUAAUAUAAAAGAGAAUAAGCAAAAUAAUAUAAAUGAAAGUGAAGCAUUAAGUACGAGUGACAUUAUAAAGACCGAAGAUAAUGUCUGCAAGAGUUCAGCAGCACCAAUUCCAAAUUUUAUAACUAAUGGAAAUACCGUAAUAAAACUAGAAGAUGAAUUACAGUUAACGGACACUGACGAAGACGUUUACAAGUCUUUGCAGAAAAAUAUUCCAGUUGUAUCACCGAUAAAAUUGAAGAAGGUACAACAAGAACCAAAAACACAAUUCUCCGAAGUCGAUGUUGUAAAUUUAAGCGACAGCGAGGAUGAUAUAUUUCCAUGUUCCCAGUUGUUUGAUAUUAACUUUGGUAUGGAUACUACGAUUAAAGAUGAAAUUAAAGAAGAACCUACAGAAAUAGAGAACGAAAGAUUUAGUAUGCUUGAUGAUACAGAGUUAAUCUUACUAUCGGAUAGUGAAGAUGAGGACAAUAAUUGGUUGCAUAAAUUAUCUAGGAGUCAGUUGCUCAGUGAAGAUGAUGAUAUUGAUGGAAAAAUGAAAGAUCUAAAUAUGAAAACAGAGGAUGCAAGAGGUGUUGAUACUUCAAAUGAUAUUGCAACAAACGCAAUAACAGAACAAAAUAAAGAACUGGAGAAAAGUAUCGAUGAAGAAAAAUUGCAAGAUACAAGUAAUACAACUGAAAGAAUGAAUCUUGAUUUCGAAGAUUAUGAUAAAGAAUUAGUCAAAUCUCCUAGUAAUACUACAGACAAUAGUAGUAAAAAAGUUCCUGAAUCUUCAAGCAAUCAGAGUUCGCAUUUAAAACAGAAUGAAACAGAAGGUCUUACAGAGACCACAAGUGCUACCACAUCAAAGAUGAAAUCCAAAAAAAGGAUGAUAUCACUUGAAAGGAAAGUGCCUCAAAUUGAACCACCUCAUUUAGCCACGAAUAGACGUCGCAAUAGUUCCAAUACAGUAAAAGAAAGUGAGAAAUCUACGAAACAAAAAUUGACUGCUAAAGAGAAGAAAGAGCAGCAAGAAAAAUUAAAAAUAGACGAAUAUUUGCGUAAGAAAGAGCAAAAGAAUCGCAAAGUGAUUCACAAAUGGGCUGAUUGUCUACCUCAUAGUAAAAACAUAGUAAGCUCAUUUACCAAAGAGGAGAAGAAAGAUUUAGCGGAUCGUAGAAAAAUUAUGCUGCAAAAGAUUGCAAUGGAGAAAAAACAAGCGUCUCUAGAGAGCAACGAAGACAAGAGACGUGUUGUUUCAAAACCAAAAGCUAAAGUAACUAUGAAAACGCGAACUGAUUUUCUGGUUGAAGAAACAAUUUCUGCAUCUAAAUCGGUAGAUACAAUAAAAAAACCUAAGGCUUCGUCUAGUCGUUCCUCCUCGGGAAGCUCAAAAACGAACAGGUCUCCAAAAGGUAAAGAUGUUGCAAAAGACAUAACAGUAUGUCUUCAACGUUCAUUGACGCUCAGUGAUAUUCCUAAUAUAGGUAGAAUACCAAAGAAAAAGACAACUAAAGCAAAAUCAUUGCAAGCAGCACAGAAAAAAGAUUCAUUGGAAAACAAUGUGGAAAAGAUAAAAGAUGUUAAUGGAAAAGAAAUUAAGAUAGGAGAGAAAUCAAAGACAGAGUUAUCUGCUCAAGUUCCUAAAUCUUGUAUAAGAAUGUCAUCUCGGAAACAGAAGAAAUGUGUAUCUUUUUCUACAAACAUUAAAACUGUAUGCGAAUAUCAGAUAGAUGAAUCAAAUAUUUUGAAAAAAUUAAUAGGAAAAGAUGCACCCAUACCCUCUGAAAAAGUUCCGACAAAGAAGCCUGUAAACGUAAUGGAAUUUAAUGCGAAAUUAAAUGAAUUUUUAGCCCGCAUCUUUUCGUGGAAUCCAAUUUGGCUGGAGGAACAGCAGUAUUUAAAUAUCUCUGCACCAGUUGUAAGAAAAGAUGAGAUUCACCCAAUGGUAACACAUUACAAAUCAUACGAUGAUUACUAUAGAAUUAUUUCACCCCUUCUGUUACUUGAAACUUGGUACUCGAUAACUAAAGAAUUUCAAAAUAUCGAGCAAAGCUCCAAACGACCAACAUUAAUGUGCUCUAUAGUUGAAAACUCCAUUCAAAGGAGUGCAGUUUCAACGAAUGUAGUUUUAACUACUUUGAUGCUAGAAGUUUUGGCCACGAAAGAAGAUAUACAUAGACAAACCUGUCCGCUUUUCGGAGAUCUAGUAUUCUUUGAAUACGUUAAGAAUCAUGAAAAAGGGCAGAAAACGUUUCAUAAAAUAUUUGCCUACGUUACAAAUAUACAUGAAACAAUAUUAACGCCCCAGACUCGUUAUAAUAAGGAUCUAGGUAUUUAUGUAAAAAAUCCUCAUUCACUGUUAACAUACACGAUGAAAACAAAACCGCUAGAUAACAAUAUUCCAGUGAAUCGCGUUCAACGAUUAAGAACCGUGACUUAUUUACGUCCUAGUUUAAGACUGGUGCAAGCUUUACAGUAUCUCCCUUAUUCGCCGUUACUAAAAUUAAUAUUAAAUCCAAAAAUUGAACUGUAUCAGCUACCAGCCUUAUCUGGACUGGAGACAUUGAUCACUGAAGAUCAAUUAAAUAAAAAGCAACUGGAAGCUGUUCACAAAGUAACUGAGGCUGUGGUACAAAAAAACGCGAAAUUGUGCUUUAUUCAAGGACCACCGGGUACUGGAAAAUCAAAAGUUAUUGUAAAUAUUGUUACUCAGGUACUGUAUGGUAAUAAUAGAUAUGUAAAUAACAAAAGUUCAUUGAAAAUCUUAGUUUGCGCACCGUCCAAUGCUGCAAUCGACGAGAUCGUCCUAAGAUUAUUAGAAAUUAGAUCCAACAUCAAGCAUAAAGCAAAAAUAAAACCGUUUAAAAUGGUUCGUAUUGGUCGUGCAGAGACAAUGAAUGCAACUGUAAAAGAUAUUUCUGUAACCGAACUCGCGAGGCGAGACAUUGAAAAACAAAUGGCUAGUUCAAACAAUAUUACACCUGACAGUGUUGAGAACGAAAAGUUACAUCUGGAAUCUAAAAUGAAUGCUCUGAAAAGCCAACUUACAACCUCUCGUAACAUGGAUCAAACUCACAGGGAGUAUAUUAAAAUGAAAUUGGGUGAUAUGGCCGCAAAGUAUGAAUUACUGAAAAAUUGUAGACCAUUGAAUAACAGAAAUGAAAGAGAAUACAUAAGGUUACAGCGUGCAGCGGAAAAUAGAAUUCUUGAACACGCGGACAUAAUAACAUGUACUCUUUCAUCGUGUUAUACUAAUCAAAUGGAAUCUAUUUUUGGUGGUAAUAAAAAAAAGAUAUCAGUAUGUAUAGUUGACGAAGCUACUCAAAGUUGUGAAGCAGAGACUCUGAUACCAUUAAUGCUAGGUAUAAAUGUAUUGGUUCUAGUUGGCGAUCCAAAUCAAUUACCAGCUACUGUAUUAAGUCCAGAAGCAAAGAAAUAUGGUUUAGAUCAGUCUCUAUUUUCACGAGUUCAGAAUGCAUUUGAUUUACUUCCAGAUAAUCCAAUAAUAAUGUUAGAUACUCAAUAUAGAAUGCAGCAUAGUAUUUCCUAUUGGCCAAAUAAAUUUUUUUAUGGUGGACUAUUACAAACCGCAGUCAAAUGGCACCCCGAAUUUCCAUUCUAUCCGUAUCGAAUUUUAAAUCUCAAUACUAAUCAAAACAACGAUAAUUUUUCAAAUAACGAUGAAGCAGAAUUUGUUGCCAAUGUAAUUUAUUGUAUGAUAACAUCUUCUAAUUUAAACACCUGGGAAUCAUGUAUUUCAUAUGGUAUUCUUACACCGUAUAAUAAUCAGAAAUCUGUGAUAUUGGCAAAAAUUAAUGAAAAAAUAGGUCCACUGUCAGAGAAUGUUAAAAGAAAAAUGAAGUUUGAUGUAAAUACUGUUGAUGGUUUUCAAGGACAAGAACGUGAUGUAAUUAUCAUGUCCUGUGUACGAAGUCAUAGGAUUGGUUUUUUGUCAGAUAAACAACGACUUUGUGUUGCUCUUACAAGGGCAAAACACACAUUGAUAAUAUGUGGUAAUUUUAAUAUCUUUAUGAAGGAUUUAAUGUGGAAUUCGUUAUUAUCAGAUGCCAAAGCACGCAAGGUAUAUUUUAAUGUUAAUGCUAAUGCGAGACCUGAUAAAAUAAAACCAUAUAUUAUCAAUGGCAAAGCACUAAAGUGAUUGUCUAUAUGAUGAUUUCAUUGUUAAUAU